GUCAGAGCGAGCGCGGAUCCCGAGCAACACACACGCACGAAAACCUGUUCGCGGCGUUCGGGCAACGUGUAGCCUAUAUAUUCCCUGUAGCGUUCCAUAUACGACUUCUUAACAUUGUUUUUCCCCCGUUUUAUAUAUAUGUAAAUACAUAUGUCCAUUAUCCUUUAUCAUUUUUAUGCUAAAUAUAUAUUGGAACAGUGCGUCUUGGGCGGUAUCAUAGAGUGGAAAGCAGUUUAAAAAGGAGCAAAUGGACUGCAAGGAGAAACGGAGCUUCACCAGAAAGGAUUCGCCUGCGCUAUACUGAAAGUGAAGGAGAUGCUUAUGGGAACGUCCGAUUCCUUAUCUAUAAGGACAUCUCUGGCAGACGCUCCAUCAUGACCGAUGGCGAAGGGAGAGAGCGCUUUCAAUACCUGGAGAGUGGUGAGGUGAGAGUUCCGGUGGCGGUCUUAUACCGGGCGCACGGUCAUGGCCACGCUGCCGAGGAUGAGGAGAAAGGCAGCACAUGGGGCCCGGAUGGCUCUGAAGGCUCUAACAGCUCUGAAACUCGGGGUGGUGGUGGCGGUGAUGCCCCUGCUCCGGAUGGUGGGUCUGAGGAGCAGGAGCAGCAGCCGUACCCUGCGCUCGCGCCUGUCGUCUUUUUCUGCAUCAAACAGACCACGCGGCCACGGAACUGGUGCCUCCGGGUGGUUUGUAACCCCUGGUUCGAGCAUGUGAGCAUGCUGGUUAUACUUCUGAACUGUGUGACCCUGGGCAUGUUCCAGCCCUGUGAGGACGUCGCGUGCCAGUCUGAGUGGUGCAUCAUCCUCCAGGCAUUUGAUGACUGCAUCUUUGCCUUUUUCGCUGUGGAGAUGGUUAUCAAGAUGAUGGCUCUGGGGAUUUUUGGAUCUAAGUGUUACCUUGGAGACACUUGGAAUCGCCUGGACUUCUUUAUUGUCAUGGCUGGGAUGAUGGAGUACUCACUGGAUGGGCACAAUGCCAGCCUGUCAGCCAUCCGGACUGUGCGUGUACUCAGGCCUCUACGAGCCAUCAACAGAGUCCCUAGUAUGAGGAUACUGGUGACUCUGCUCCUAGAUACUCUGCCUAUGUUAGGCAAUGUCCUCCUGCUGUGCUUUUUUGUGUUCUUUAUAUUCGGCAUUGUCGGGGUGCAGCUUUGGGCUGGUCUUUUAAGGAACAGGUGUUUCCUGGACAACAACGCGAAGGAUCUGUAUAAUCUGUCCUUCAUGAGUCCAUAUUACAUGCAUGAGGACGGGGAGGAGAGCCCAUUUAUCUGCUCCACUAUAAUUAACGGCAUGCUCAAGUGCACCGACGUGCCCCAUUACAAGGAGGGUGAGAUGGAGUGCGAUCUAAAUGCAUCCCUUGGACACACCUUGUCUGGGCCUGAUAUCAAGAACGGUUGUGUGAACUGGAACCAGUACUACAGUGUGUGUCAGCCCGGGGAGCUCAACCCUCACAAAGGGGCUGUGAAUUUUGACAAUAUUGGAUAUGCUUGGAUUGCUAUUUUCCAGGUUAUCACUUUGGAGGGAUGGGUAGACAUCAUGUAUUAUGUUAUGGAUGCCCAUUCCUUUUACAAUUUUAUAUAUUUUAUAUUGCUUAUUAUAGUGGGAUCUUUCUUCAUGAUCAAUUUGUGCCUGGUUGUGAUCGCAACCCAGUUCUCGGAAACUAAGCAGCGAGAGAACCAACUAAUGCAGGAGCAGCGUGCACGCUACAUGUCCAACGAUAGCACACUAGCCAGCUACUCAGAGCCCGGCAGCUGUUAUGAGGAGUUGCUCAGGUACAUUAGCCACUUGUACCGCAAAGUGAAGCGUCGUGCAUACCGGCUCUACCAUGGCUGGCAGAGCAAGCGUAGGAAGAAGGUCAACCCCAACAGUGGCGGCUUGCCAGGGGGUGGAGGGGCCAAUGGGCAUGGCAGACAGAAGAGUGGUGGGCACUGGGCACGCUCCGUCCACAACCUUGUCCAGCACCACCAGCACCACCACUGUCACCUUAGUAAUGGCAGCCCAAGCCCCCAGGCGAUAGCAGAAAGCACUGAUGUUCUGGAGAUGAGGUUUAUCACAUCAGGAGUACAACUGACGGUGCCCUCGCAGUCACCUCCUGGGUUGGAUCUAUCACCAGGACACCAGUCAGUGCACAGCAUCUUUCAAGGUGACUUUCACGAGGCCCCACAGAUUUGCACAGGCACCACAGCUGGAGUGACUCCUCUGGGGAGAUUUAAUGGGGGCAUGAACUAUCCUACCAUUUUGCCCUCCUUCAUCUGCAGCUAUACAGGCAGCAACGUCACAGCCAAAGGUAGACUCGAGGCCAACAACAGCACUGCAGACAUCGUGGAUCCUUUUGAAAAGAUACAGCAUCUGACAGGAGAGCACAGUCACAGGCGCUUAAUGCUGCAGAUGGCCGGGGUAGAGCCAACGUCCCUGCUCUUUGAGGUUCUCGGGUGUCCAUACUGUGCCCAGGCUCUGGAGAACAUUGAUCUGGACUUAGCUGACUCUGAAUGCUCCCAGUCUGAAGGCGAGGUGGUGCAUGAGUUUUCCCGCCGUGCAAGGUUUAAACUCGGACACUUGCGUCACCACAAGAAGCUUGAGGAGCGCAACCGGUUGAUGCGCUACUGGGACAACUUCAGAGACAGGAUGAAACGCAUAGUGGAUAGCAAGUACUUUAACCGUGGGAUUAUGAUCGCUAUCCUCAUCAACACAUUGAGCAUGGGAAUAGAGCAUCACAAGCAGCCUGAUGAACUGACAGAUGUUCUGGAGAUUAGCAAUAUUGUCUUUACCAGCAUGUUUGUCCUUGAGAUGAUCUUCAAGCUGUUGGCCUUUGGUCUCUUCGGCUACAUCAAAAACCCAUAUAAUAUAUUUGAUGGGAUCAUUGUUGUUAUAAGUGUAUGGGAGAUUAUUGGACAGGCUGAUGGAGGUCUUUCGGUGCUCAGGACCUUCCGUCUGUUGCGUGUGCUCAAGCUGGUGCGCUUCCUACCUGCUCUGCGGAGACAGCUGGUGGUACUGAUGAAGACAAUGGAUAACGUGGCCACCUUCUGCAUGCUGCUCAUGCUCUUCAUCUUCACCUUCAGUAUUCUUGGAAUGCAUCUGUUUGGCUGCAAAUUCAGCCUGAAGUUGGAGAAUGGAGACACCAUUCCAGACAGGAAGAACUUUGACUCUCUGCUGUGGGCCAUCGUCACUGUGUUUCAGAUACUAACUCAGGAGGACUGGAACGUGGUCCUCUAUAAUGGAAUGGCAUCCACGUCUCCACUGGCUGCACUUUACUUUGUGGCCCUGAUGAGCUUUGGGAAUUACGUCCUAUUUAAUCUUCUGGUAGCCAUCUUGGUAGAGGGCUUUCAAGCAGAGGGAGAUGCCACCAAAUCUGACGGAGAUGAUGAGAAGAGGUCAGUUAAUUUUGAAGAAGAGGAGAAGAUGGGAGAAUUACGUGCCACAGCAGAGUUGAAGAUGUACUCCCUGAUGAUGUCUGCAAAUGGGCAUGUGGACACUCAUGGUAAUUUGCCUCCACCGAUCAUCAUGCGCACAGCUGCCACUCCUAUGCCCACACCAAAGAGCUCGCUUGGCACAGACUCAAUCUUCAGUUUAGAGGAAUCAAGGCGUGGCAGUGGGAUUUCCAUUGAUCCAAUUGCUUACGAUCAGAGAUCACUGGCCAGCCCACGUAAAUCGCCCUGCCACCCGUGUAGUACAAGCAGUAACUGGGGCAGUCGCAGGUCGAGCUGGAACGGCCUGAGUAGAGCACCAAGUCUAAAGAGGAAAGACACAUCUGGGGAGAGGGAGUCUCUGCUCUCUGGUGAGGGCAGAGGCAGCUUUGAGGAUGAGGAACCAGGGGGAAUCAUGCUGGGAAAAACAGGCAGUGCCAGUGGUAGCUCUCUGCACCACCCCAGUUCUCUGGACUUUCCUGAGCUGCCCACACUCCCCAGUCUGUGCCCAUCAGGAGAGUACCACGACUGCAACGGCAGGGCAUUACACCUCUCCAGAGAGCUGCCCUCUGAGCUGAGCCGCGAGGACUCGACCACAGAGGAGGAUCUAGAUGAUAGUUUCUGUUUUCGCCUGAAGAGGAUGCUGCAUGCGUAUAAACCCAAGUGGUGUAAAAGUCAUGAGGACUGGUCUCUCUAUAUAUUCUCUCCACGGAACAGGUUUCGAAUGCUCUGCCAGAGGAUCAUUUCACACAAGAUUUUUGACCAUGUGGUCUUAGUCUUUAUCUUCCUUAACUGUAUCACCAUUGCUCUGGAAAGGCCACACAUUCAAUCCAACAGCCCAGAGCGACUGUUCCUCAGUAUUUCCAAUUACGUAUUCACUGUGAUAUUUGUUGCUGAAAUGACUGUGAAGGUGGUGGCUCUUGGCUUUUAUUCAGGAAAGCAUAGUUAUCUACAGAGCACCUGGAACGUCUUGGAUGGAAUUUUGGUGUUUGUUUCACUCAUUGACAUCCUGGUGUCCCUGGCAUCCACUGGAGGGAACAAGAUCUUUGGGAUUCUGAGGGUUCUACGUCUGCUAAGGACACUGAGGCCUUUAAGAGUGAUCAGUCGCGCUCCUGGACUGAAGCUGGUGGUUGAAACAUUGAUAACGUCACUGAGGCCCAUCGGGAACAUAGUACUGAUCUGCUGCGCGUUCUUCAUCGUCUUUGGCAUCCUUGGAGUGCAGCUCUUCAAAGGCAAGUUUUACCACUGUGAAGGCUUGGACACAAGAAACAUCACAAAUAAAUCAGAUUGCCUGCAAGCCAACUACAAAUGGAUUCGGAGAAAGUACAAUUUCGAUCAUUUGGGGCAGGCUCUCAUGUCGUUGUUUGUGCUGUCUUGUAAGGACGGCUGGGUGAAUAUCAUGUACGAUGGCCUGGAUGCUGUAGGUGUAGACCAACAGCCGGUACGUAACCACAACCCCUGGAUGCUGCUUUACUUCAUCUCCUUCCUGCUGAUUGUGAGCUUCUUCGUGCUGAACAUGUUCGUGGGUGUGGUGGUGGAGAACUUCCACAAGUGUCGGCAAGACCAGGAAGAAGAGGAGGCACGCCUGCGUGAGGAGAAGAGGCAGCGGUUGAUGGAGAAAAGGCGCAGGAGUAAGGAGAAUUGUGGGUCUGAAGCGCAGCAGCGGCCCUACUACGCAGAUUACUCACCAGCCCGGCUCUACAUCCACACACUGUGCACUAACCACUACCUGGACCUCUUCAUCACCUUCAUCAUCUGCAUCAACGUGGUCACCAUGUCCAUAGAGCACUACAACCAGCCCAUGUAUCUGGAAGAAGCGUUGAAGUACUGCAACUACGUCUUCACUGUCUUCUUCAUUUUAGAAGCCCUUCUCAAACUUGUCGCAUUCGGCUUCCGAAGAUACUUCAAAGACAGGUGGAACCAGUUAGACCUGGCCAUUGUGCUUCUCUCCAUCAUGGGCAUCACAUUGGAGGAGAUCAAGAUGAACGCUGCUCUUCCAAUCAACCCCACUAUCAUCCGUAUCAUGAGGGUUCUGAGAAUAGCUCGAGUGCUGAAGCUUUUGAAGUUGGCUACGGGCAUGAGAGCAUUGCUGGACACUGUGAUGCAGGCUCUACCACAGGUUGGAAAUCUGGGCUUGCUGUUUAUGCUUCUCUUCUUCAUUUAUGCUGCACUCGGCGUAGAGCUUUUUGGGAAAUUGGAAUGCACAGACGAUAACCCAUGUGAAGGACUCAGUCGACAUGCCACAUUCGAGAACUUUGGAAUGGCCUUCCUAACCCUCUUCAGAGUUUCAACUGGUGAUAAUUGGAAUGGUAUAAUGAAGGACACUCUGAGGGAGUGUCCUUCGGAAGAUAAGCAGUGCCUGAGCUACCUGCCAUUGGUAUCCCCUGCAUACUUUGUCACCUUUGUGCUGAUGGCCCAGUUUGUGCUGGUGAAUGUGGUGGUGGCUGUGCUGAUGAAGCACCUGGAGGAGAGCAAUAAGGAGGCCAAAGACGAUGCUGAGAUGGACGCAGAGAUUGAAUUGGAGAUGGAGAUGGCUCGACGUCUCAGUAACGUUUCAGCAAGGAGCUCUGGUGGUCCAGAGUACAGGGGCACGUAUAUGGGGCCAAGGGCACAUUCACCUAGACAGGAUGAGCGAAUGCAAAGAACUCAGGAGAAUUUGCUAUCACCACGAAAGAUGUCAGUGUCCAGGAUGCAUUCUUUGCCUAAUGACAGUUACAUGUUUCGGCCUGUGAGGCCAGCCAGCGCGCCGUACCCUCUGCAGGAAGUGCAGCCAACUCAAGCAUACCUUGAAUUAGGCUCAGUGACCUCGAUCCACUCACAGCCUUGUGAAGGUCAUUCCUUGCUCCAGGUUCCUGGUGUUCAUCCUCAGCCCCAUAUUAGUAUUUGCAUGCCUAGGAUCCCCACUCCAAAGUCAUCUCCCCUGCAUGCUGUAGGCAGGCAUCUACGUAGACAGGAAGUAAUCAAGAAUGACUCAAUCGAUGUGCAAAUGUAUGACUCCAAAGGCAACCCAGACAAGCAUGUUAGGGGUACAAGAGCCAGCAUGACGCUCCCAGUGCCGCAGAUCUCCUCCCCCAGCACCCCCCUGGUGUCUCAUUUCCUACCCUCUUACUGCGACAUGUCCAGUGUCUGCACGCUCCAACACUCUCACCAACAGAGAAUUAUUCCCUUACCAUCCAGCCGGGCCAGCAGCAGCCCCAGCGACUCUAUGUUGGACUUGGCGGAUCCAGCCGAUGAGGAGGUGCACCAUAUCAACAGCUCCGCCAGGUUGUGGGCAGGAUUCCCAGCAGAGGGCCGGUGCCACUCUCUGUCUCCCUACAUCGAACCGUGGCCGUUGCCUGUGAAGAACUGUACCAGUGCCACCAAUCUUACCAGCUACAGCACUAAAGACAAGGACUUUAAGUUCUUCAGUGUGGACACCAGGGGAUUUUUGGACAAGCCGUCCUGUUGCGAGGAUCAUCGCCGGCACUCCAUUGAGAUUUGCUCUUCGGUGGACAACAAUGCAUUUGAGCAAGAAGUAGGUGAAAAGAGGUAUCUGCCCAUUCGUGGACAAUCAUUGCACAUCCCCAGAAAGAAGAAGACGAGUCCUCCUUGUAUCUCUGUUGACCCACCUCUAGAAAUGGAGCUCCCACCAUCUCUCGCAUCCAUGAGAAAACUGUCCGAGAGCACGCUACUGCGUCGAAGGACGCCAUCGUAUGAACUAGCCCUACAGCGUGACUCUCUAGACUUCCUGGAGCACCAACUCCCAAGUCGGCCUUUCAUCAAAGUGGAGAGACAAAUCUCACACUGUGGUGAAUAUCUCUCUCUCCCACGGUUCCCCUUUCACAAGUCGGACUCCAGUUCCUGCAUCCUGCGUGAAAGCAACCCAUCAGCACAGCCGCCUCGCUUCGACAGCGCACUGGAGGAGUCUACAGAUUUCAGCACAGUAAACAGGACUGCUCAAUGAUAGAGAUGGAAUUGUCGAUGGUUUCAGACUGCAGCGUGGAAGUUAUUUCAGUACUGGAGCAACAACCACUUAAUUCAAUAGCCAAAGUUUUUUUGAGAUGUAUAAUAUUAUGUAAGCCAGCCAGGAAUGGCAACUUUGAUACGAGUGUGAUCGGGCACGAUGGGAUAUGCAAUUUCAGGUUUCUAUAUGGAACUCUGGUUCUUAUCUUUUUCCCACUGCCCAAUCACAUUGAUUCGAGUUCAGGAUGUGUUAUGGGUUUUCUUUUUCUUUUUUAUUCCUUUCUCCAUCUUGUCAUUAAUAUCGCUGUUUCUGUAAAAGAAUACACAUGAUUAAAAUAAAACAAAAAUGGAUUUAAAAAACAUACAAGAACUGUACAUGAUCUGUACUUUAUUAAAUCAUAUGUUAUGUAAAUGGAGGAAAUAUUGUAUUGUGAAGAAAAUAGAUCUAUUCAUAUGCACAUAUUUUUAUAGAGAUCUAUAAUGUUUUUGCACAUAUCAAUUUGAAAUUCAAGUUGAAAUGUCUUUUGUUGUCCUCUCGUGAAUGUACAUUUUUUUAAAAUCGAAUAGCAGUGCAAACAAUUCUAGUCUAUUUAGACCUACUGAUACAGAAAUGAGUUUUAUUUUUCUAUUGGGAAGCGGGGUAUGACAUAUUGAAGUAGAUCUAGCGACAACCAAACAUCAAAUGAUCUGUAGCCUGAGUGCAAUACACUGUAAAUGUUUAUGUAAGUUUACCCUGUUAUUGUAGGUUGCUCGCAUUUUACGUAACAUAGUAUUGAGCAUCUCACUGACAUGACCUUCUACCAUAAUCAAAUUCAUCUCAAUGUCUUAAGUACAAACUCACUCACAUAUUCAUUAUGUGUUUUAAUAAUGGCAUUUUGUGACCCUUAGCUGUGGCACAGGCAGUGUGCAUGUGAAAGACAAUAUAAAUCACUAGGUUCAUGUUU